AUGAGGGGCACGGUGCUGGUGCUGGCCUCACUCGCACUCCUGAUCACAGCACAGGAAGGCAAAGGUGAAGGGAACACCAUGAGGCUCUGCGGGAGAGACUUUGUCAGAGCCAUUGUCUUCACGUGUGGCGGCUCUCGGUGGAAAAGGCACUUGACUGAUUAUCAGUACCUGUUUGAGAAUGAAAAUCCCCUGCCUCUCUCACAAGAGAACAACGGCUAUGCUGACCCCUCAACGUACACAGACCAGAGGCUGGAGACGGACAGCGAAGAAAUUCCCAACGAGAAGCCCGAGUCAGAGCAGGACUUGCAGCACUCCAGGAAAACAUUUGUGCUCCAAAAGCGCGAGGUAGCCAAGCUGCUCACCACCUCCUGCUGCAGCAUCGGCUGCCCUGUGCUGAAACACAGCGGAUGCUGA